UCAUAUUCUGGUGACGGCACGUUCUAUACACCCGGUCUUGGAUCUUGUGGAUGGACCAACUCUGAAACUGAGUAUAUUGCCGCAUUAAAUCACGUUCAAAUGGGUAACGGUGCAAACUCAAACAAGAACCCCAAUUGUGGUAAACGCAUUACUGUUAAAGGCCCCAGUGGAUCAGUUACAGUAAAGAUUGUUGACACUUGUCCUGGUUGCUCAAGUGGUGAUGUGGACAUGAGUCCUGCUGCUUUCCAAAAGAUUGCCAAGCUUAGCCAAGGUCGUGUACCCAUCACUUGGUCUUGG